AUAUUUUGUUUUGUUUUGGUGCUUAGGCCUAGACGCAGGCCUUCAUUUUUAAAAAGCUGCAGACUACAGACUUAAAUCUUGAGAACUAGCCUAAUCUCUAGAUCUAACUCUAGAUUCUAAUUAUAAUUAUACAUCAAGCGUAGAUUUAUUUCUAUCUAGAACAUCGGCAAGAAUAAUUAUAUCUAGAUUCUAGACUAGUAAUAGUAGACUAGAUCUAAAUAGUAAUAGUCACUAAAAAUGGAUAGUGAAGAUGAGAAUUCAAGUACAGCAAGCACCAAAGAAGAAGAAUCCUCUAGAAGUGAUACACCUACUCUUCGUUGUCGGGCCAUAAAUAGGAAUAAGAGACAAACCAAAAAAUGCAAACUGCAGUUCAAAUGCACAAAUUAUUUAAAGGAAGAUCAUGGACAACCUUUAUUUGGAAUUCAAAUAAAUUUAGUCAUGAAAGAGACAGAUCCCAUUUUAUUUGCCACAGUUGGACACAACAGAGUUACAAUCUAUGAGUGUCAUGAUGGUGGCAGGAUCAAGCUGCUUCAAUCUUAUGCUGACCCUUGUACAGAAGAAAAUUUCUAUUGCUGCGCCUGGUCCUUUGAUGAUGCUUCUGGUCAACCAAUCUUAGCUGUAGCUGGUGUUCGUGGGAUCAUCCGCAUCAUUAGUCCAACUAUGGGGCAGUGCAUUAAGCAAUUUGUUGGCCAUGGAAAUGCAGUCAAUGAGCUGAAAUUUAAGCCAAAAGAUAAUAAUUUAUUAUUAUCUGUUAGCAAAGAUCACGAUCUCCGAGUGUGGAAUGUGAAGACAGGAGUGUGUGCUGUGAUCUUUGGUGGGGUUGAUGGACACAGAGAUGAAGUACUCAGUGCUGAUUUUAACCUGAGUGGCACCAAGAUUGUGUCUUGUGGCAUGGACCAUUCCCUGAAAGUCUGGAAUCUCCAGAAAGCCGACAUCAAGAAAGCUUUGCUGGACUCACACAGCUACAGUCCAGCUAAGAAUGAUGACCCUUUUCCCACAGAGUAUUGCCAUUUUCCUGACUUUUCAACCAGAGACAUCCACAGGAAUUAUGUGGAUUGUGUGCGGUGGUUGGGGAAUCUGGUCUUGUCAAAGUCUUGUGAAAACUGCAUUGUGUGUUGGCGGCCAGGAAGCCACCAUGACCCACUCAAGGUCAAAUGUGAUGAGCCAGCCAAGGUGAGAUGUGAGGAGCCAGCAAAGAUGAAAUGUGAUGAGCCAGGCAAGGGGAAAUCUGAUGACAAUGUGUGGGUGCUCCACAGGUUUGAGUACAAGGAGUGUGAAAUCUGGUACAUGAGGUUUUCACUGGACUACAACCAACAGGUGAUGGCACUGGGCAAUCAAGUGGGUCACAUCUUUGUCUGGGACCUGGAGGUUGAUGACCCCACACAGACUAGAUUCACCAAACUGUCUCACCACAAAUGUAACUCAGCCAUCCGGCAAACAGCCCUGUCUAAAGAUGGAAAUAUCAUGCUGGCAGUCAGUGAUGAUGGGAGCAUAUGGAGAUGGGAUAGACUUAAAUGAAAUAUUUGUUCUUCAACCACAGUUAUAAAUAAAACAAUUGUUAAAAAUUUGA